ACAGCUCGAUGCGCGUCCGGAAAGGGGGGAGGGAGCAUGCUGCUGCACCUCUUGGUACUUAGCACCGCCCUCGCGGCCGCUACCACAGGGAAGCACGGGGGAGUAGAAGUGCCAGAAUUUGGAGAGCCGAUCACAAAUCUAACGAUACCAAUAGGGCGCGACGCUACUUUCAAAUGUAUUGUCGUCAACCUUGGCAACUAUAGAGUCGGCUGGGUGAAAGCAGACACGAAAGCCAUCCAAGCCAUCCACGAGCACGUCAUCACACACAACCCCCGCGUAUCCGUGUCGCACGCGGACCACUCGACGUGGUAUCUGCACAUCAAGAGUGUACAAGAGGAAGAUCGGGGGCAAUACAUGUGUCAGAUCAACACGGAUCCUAUGAAGAGUCAAAUGGGCUUCCUAGAGGUGGUGAUACCACCAGACUUCGUGCCAGAGGAGACAUCUGGUGACACGAUGGUGCCGGAAGGUGGUACCGCCCGAGUGGCGUGCAAGGCUCGCGGGGUGCCGCUGCCGCGGGUCAUGUGGAAACGCGAGGAUGGCCAGGAAAUCGUAGUACGAGACCAUACGGGGUCUAAGACUAAAGUACUCACAUACAACGGCGAGGUACUCAAGCUUACGAAGAUAUCCCGUUCGGAAAUGGGCACGUACUUGUGCAUCGCGGGCAAUGGCGUCCCACCUACGGUCAGCAAGAGAAUUCACAUCAGCGUACACUUUCACCCAGUGAUUCAAGUACCGAACCAGUUGGUAGGCGCUCCGCUCGGCACUGACGUCACGCUUGAAUGCUACGUGGAGUCAUCACCCAAAUCUAUCAACUACUGGGUUAAAGACCCUGGUGAGUUGAUAAUACCCUCGGAACACCACGAGAUGACGGUGAGGCAGAAAUCCAUGUUCGAGGCGGAGAUGACGAUGACGAUCAAGAAUAUCCGACGCGACGACCUGGGCAGCUACAUCUGCGUUGCCAAGAAUUCACUCGGCGAUGUGGAAAGCAAGAUUAGAUUAUAUGAAAUACCUGGAAACGACAGGCACGUGUACCAGUACCCGGACGAGCGGAUCGUGCCAGACGACGACUACGGAACAGAAGUGUACGAGGACGAAGAACACGACGAGAAGAGCAACCGGGUACCCGACCGGGCCAACAAAUGGUACGCAAACGACGGGAAGAUCGUUACGGCGGCUAACGACGCGGCCAAACCCGCUUUCACGAUAGCGGUCUUCCUAACUUUACUCGAAACACUAGUGGUGUAAUUAUGCGUAAUUAUC